AACCAUUCAUCAAGUGAAGAUUUCUGUGACGGCCGAGCUAUCCAUGAUUCACGUUGUCCGACAAUUCCGAAAGCACUUUACAGCAAGCAAGGGGCUAUCGUCGAUCACAGAUGGGUUGUUUCUAUUUGACUUUGUCGCAACACUAGCUCUCCUCGAUAUUGAUGAGGCCAAGGGAUGUGGUCAUAUUGCAUUAAUCUCCGGAUCUUCAGUUCCCCUCAUUCCAGUCGUGUUAUUUGUAGAAACCGUGUAACAUCGGGGCUCGUGCAACGGUUCUCUCGAUGUGCUAUUCGUUCGUCAGCUUCAUCAUUCCCCGGAAAGCUCGUUAGAAUUACAUCACACCCAUGGUACCACAAUCUCGAGCCGGAUUGGGCUGCAACCCAAGCCAGGUCAGCUUGACCCGGUAUAUAAUAGUCCGUUUCACACCAUAAGUCGGAGGUUUUAUUAUUGGUAUGACUUGAAGAUGAAGACUUCUACUAUCUUGACCACUCUGUUCGCCUCUGUGGCACUUGCUGCCACUCCAGAGCAAUGCAGCCAGUACUGCCAACCGAUAUGUCCGUUGGAUUUGAUAUAUAGCUGCCAUUGCGCGAACGAGAACGCCGCCAAAUGUCAUGAGCAAUGUGAUGGCCCAAAGCCCGAAAUCAAAGUCUGCCCUCCGCUUCCAGUACCUCCGGUAGAGGGGCCUACCCCUUCGAAGCCGGGCUGUACAUGCGAAACCAUCGCAUGCCCACUAAUUUUCCCUCCUCCCUGCAGCUGUGUGGAGGCCCGAGUAAAGUGCUGGGAGAAGUGUGGAGGUACCGAACCUGUCCGCGAGCCAUGCACCGACCUCAACCGAGACCCCUCGCCUCAGGCUCAAUGUGGCACACGGGGAGCACCAGGCUGCGCAGACAAUGAGGAGUGUGUAAAACGCCCAGGCGCAUCGUGCGGUCCAGAGGUAGAUUGCGGCGGGAUAUGUGUGACAAGGUCCCGUCCCACGAGAACGAGAAGACCCUCGCCUAAGCCAACAUCAACGUCACCCACUUCGGAACCUACGGCAAGGGAAACUCUCGCCCAACAGUAUUGCGGCGGGUUUGCUUUUCCACCGAACCCGAAGUGCCCGGAAGGCCAAGUGUGCCAAUUACCGCCGGAUUCACCAUGCUUCGAUGGCAGGGCAGUUGAGUAUGACGCCUUGACAUCUCCGUUAUGUUGCCCAUGCUGACCGAUUCUGAAGCUGCGCUGGAAUAUGCAUUGGUGCAAAAUGCUUGGGAUUUACGAAACCAGCCUUC